AUGGCCUCGCUGUGAAGUUCCAGCGCAACGGAAACAAAUAGGAUCGUUCCCGCGGAACACAUCCCUAGCUAUAUACCUUUACUCCCUGUCUAUAUUGAUCCACUUUUCGAGGGGGCAAUUCAUGUGCCACUUGUUUGGGAGUGGCGGGGUCCUCGGUGAAAUUUUUCUCUUCGCUGGUCCGUUUUCUUCAUGGAAUCCCUGUCUGCUUCAUGACAUGGGACCAUGUCAUGCAUUGAUGGCUCGCCUAGGGUGUUAUGCACUGGGAGCUCUAAUGGUUGCUCCUUUGCCGACUGGUGGCGCCGCAUACACGCUGUUGCCGUCUACCGUUGCAGUCGUUAUGCAGCUCGACGUUUUUGUGGGCAUGUACAUACUAGUAGGAAAUUUCCAUCCAUGUCUUGCACUGGGAUGUGGAUGAGAAUUACCAGUACCUUAGGCGAUCGGAAUCGUUACAGCUAAUGGAUUGAAAAUGAUACGUGAUACCAGACGUACUCGUUGAUAACCAGUUAGGAAGAUGAUGUCCGUACAUCAAUACCAUCUCCUUUUCUUGGACGGCACAACGGAUCCGAAAUCAAGGCGCCGCUUUCG